ACUUGGUUUUAUUUCCAACAAACUUCUAACCUCAGAAUGAAAUCAAACGAAUUUACACAUUUACGAUAAAUCGAAAAGCAUUGUCAAAAUGCCAACUAGUUAAUGUGGAUGCCAAUGCAAAAGGCUGGCAACACGACGUAAAACCACCGAUACCACCAGUGAAAACUGAAACUAACAAACCAUAAAAACCAGAACAAUGGAAGCUUUUGAAGAACCCUCCAAUUUACGAUUGUCUGUAGACAAUAAUGAAAGCACACCUCCCGCAUCUCUGGACCUGCUGGAUAAUUCCUUUAAUGAUUCAGAUAGUAAUUGGUCGACAAUGGCGAACUUUCCACGUCUGUUUGCAGCAGCUGCUGUUGAAGCAGCUCCUAAAAUUGCCAACUACACGCUGAAUUUGUUAGACGUGGGUCUGUCCCUGGCCACAGAAGCUAGUGACGCCACUCCAAUAGCGAUUCCCACCACCAGCCGAACCACUGAGACUGCCUUUUCCAUUAUGAGCAACUCUCAAUUAAAUAUCUCAACGUUGGGACACAUCGACAGUCUGCAUGAUUCAUCGCCGGUGGCCGAGCAGGUUCCCGAGCAUAUCAUGGAUCAUGCUCCACAAUUGUCACGGUCUGGUCUGCUCAAGGUUUACGUGUUGACUGUGAUGGCAUUGUUCUCUCUGUUGGGCAACUUGCUGACCAUUUGGAAUAUAUACAAGACUCGCAUCACGCGUCGCAAUUCUCGACACACCUGGAGCGCCAUUUACUCUCUGAUGUUUCAUUUGUCCAUCGCAGAUGUCCUUGUCACAGGAUUUUGCCUGAUUGGGGAGGCAGCCUGGUGCUAUACAGUUCAAUGGUUGGCAAAUGAAUUGACCUGCAAGCUGGUGAAGCUCUUCCAGAUGUUCAGUCUCUAUUUAUCGACCUAUGUGUUGGUUUUAAUUGGCGUCGAUCGCUGGAUUGCAGUCAAAUAUCCGAUGAAGUCACUCAACAUGGCGAAGCGCUGCCAUCGUCUUCUGGGAGGAACCUAUAUACUCUCGCUGGUGCUCAGCUUGCCCCAGUUCUUUAUUUUCCAUGUGGCACGAGGUCCCUUUGUCGAGGAGUUCUAUCAGUGUGUAACUCACGGAACCUAUACCGCCGACUGGCAGGAACAGAUGUAUGCCACAUUUACACUCGUCUUUACUUUCCUGCUGCCACUCUGCAUACUCUUUGGCACCUACAUGUCAACAUUCCGAACCAUUUCAAGCAGUGAAAAAAUGUUUCAGGGCUCCAAGUUGGCCAACUAUUCGACAACGAAGCAGCUGCCACAGCAGACAAACCGUCAACGCUUGAUACACAAGGCCAAAAUGAAAUCAUUGCGCAUCUCUGUAGUCAUCAUCAUUGCGUUUCUCAUUUGCUGGACACCCUACUACGUAAUGAUGAUAAUCUUCAUGUUCUGGAAUCCAGAUAAAAGGCUGGGCGAUGAUUUGCAGGAUGCCAUCUUCUUCUUUGGCAUGUCCAACAGCCUGGUUAACCCGCUCAUCUAUGGCGCCUUUCAUCUGUGCCCCGGCAGAAGCAACAAAUCGGGAACUCCCGGUGGCAACAACAACGCAUAUAGCCUGAACCGGGGCGACUCGCAGCGCACUCCCUCCAUGCUGACGGCCGUGACACAGGUGGAUGCGUCGGGCGGCAGUGCACGGCAAAUGCGCACAUUCCGUCAGCAGAGCUACUACCGUAGUUCCAGCAAUGGCACCGGAGGCGUACCGUUCAAGGAACAGGUGGGUCUGUUGCACGCCACGCCGCAGAUGAUGAGGAAGAGCUCCGCGGUGCGUAGUCCGCAUCUCAAUCACAGCUCGGCGAUUGCUGCUCGUCACUCGGGUUGCCUGCGGGAACAGCAACAGCUGCUGCUGCAGACGCCUCCAUCCACGCUGGUGCUCAACUAUGACAGCCAGCGGGGCGGUGUGGGUGUGGGCGUGGCCAAUGGGCUGAAGCUAAUGACGGGAGUUGGCCUCCACGGCGAUAACGACGAGCACGUGUCGAGUGUGUGAGCAGAGCUAGCGGCGAUGGUGGCGGUUGAGGCGGGGGUGGGUGCAAUGAUGCGCGCAGCAGAGGAUGCAUGCUCCUGCUGCCGCUGCCUGAGCCAGGAGCUAGUGCGACGCCAACAGGGACUCCUAGAGGCACCCAACGUGGCAACACACUAAAAAAGUAGUAAAUACACUAAAUACAGAUAUAGUCAUAGAGGUUGUUCAAGCGAGGUGAGGUGGGAGCAUCCACGAUGAUCAGAUCAUCGAACCGCGUUACAUUUGAUUAGUCCAACUAAUUGAGAGUUAAGUCUUUGAACACUGUUCGUGUGCUUAGUUGUAAUUGAGAUAA